GAGCUGCUGGCUGCUUCACACCAUCAGGAGUCCAGAGCCACAGCACACACAGAGGUGGAAACCUGCAGCAUCACGAUGACAUCAGCUCUGAUGGGUCUCCUCGCCUGCCUGCUCGUCGUCUCUGCACAAGCGCAGCAAUCCAACAGGUCCAACAAAUGCAAGUGUUCCAGCAGCUUACUGGCCAGAUUCAACGCCAAGCUCAUCCAGGGAGAGCCGCUGGUUCAUCAGCCGAGUAGCUUCUGUCCUCUCAUGGAGAUCAUCAUCACAACUAAACAGGGGAAAGAAAAAUGUCUGGAUCCAAAGUCACAACUUGGAAAGUUUAUUCUGAUGAAGAAACUAAAGCACAGAGAGGCUGGAGCCGCACACCUGACAACAACUUCUGCUCAGACCUCCAGCUCAGACACAACCAGAUGCCACGUGGCUUCCAGCAAAUAGACCCAGCCUCGACCUGCAGGAGAGGAACAGAAGCCCGGCAGACGGAUCAGGACCAUUUCCUUCCGAGGGAGACCCACCAGCACC